AUGGAGCGACAGCAGUAUUCACAUCAGCCUUAUGCACAUCAGCCCUACGCUCAAUAUAAUGCACCUUAUCCAUUGGUACCACCACGAGCACGAACGGUAAACGACAUUCUUCCUGCUUCUAUUCCUGGUGUAUUGGGUGGAUUACAGGUGGUACUCUGGCUUGCUAUAAUAGGCCUUGAAGCAGGAGGUCUAUGGUACGAUGCAUGGCGCGCCUGUAAAACAAUUGAUUGGCUCGACGUGACUGGUGACAUUCUCGGUAUUAUUGGACUUGGAUGCAGAGCGAAGCUACCAAUACUUAAGGGUCUUCUUGCCUGUGCUAUAUUAAUGUUUCUCUCUAGUAUUACCUACAUCAUUGCAUAUAUUGCUAUUAGUAUUUGGCUAUGCAAGAAAGGAACAUCCAAUACUGUACACACAGAAGCAGUUUACCAAAGUAGUGUGGACUCGGUUACAAUAAGACAACAACAACCGGACAGUCUAACCCGUGGUUAUGAACAUACAGGUCCACCGGAGAAUCAUCGUCCUUGA